CGUCGGGGGCGCUGCUGCGGGCGCUGCUGCUGGGGCUGGCGCUCGCGCUCCCCCUGGCGGCGGGGCCGGGCCCGCCCGGCGGCAGCAGCAGCAGCGUGAUCCUGGGCAUGCGGCUGGAGGGCACCAGCAAGCCGGUGGCCCCGGCGGCCGACGGGGGCGUCAUCCAGGUGACCGAGGGCAGCCAGGUGCAGCUGCGGCUCUUCGGCUGGGCAUCCGGCCACACCGGGGAGCUGGUGGCCUUCGCCGAGCUGGGUGCCUGGGCCAACGCCAGCGCCGAGGGCAACGCCAGCGCCGAGGCCGGCUGCCCCGAGCCCACCCAGGACCUGGUGGUGCAGCCCCGCAUGGACGACACGCGCGACGCCUCGGGGCUGCUGCACGUGCAAGUGCAGCCCCUGCGCAAGAACGAGCGGGUCAAGAUCUACGUGCUGUGCACCAAGCGCGGCCCUGGCCAGCCCUGGCUGCAGCACCCGGGCAGCGACGGCCGCCUCAUGGUGGUGGAGGAGAAGAAGUCGCUGCUGCCCCUCUGGUUCCAGAUCAUCCUCAUCCUCUGCCUCCUGGUGCUCUCCGGCAUGUUCAGCGGCCUCAACCUGGGCCUCAUGGCGCUGGACCCCAUGGAGCUGCGCAUCGUGCAGAACUGCGGCACCAACAAGGAGAAGCGCUACGCCCGCAAGAUCGAGCCCAUCCGCAGGAAGGGCAACUACCUGCUCUGCUCCUUGCUGCUGGGCAACGUGCUGGUGAACACCACCCUCACCAUCCUACUGGACGACCUGAUCGGCUCCGGCUUCGGCGCCGUCAUCGCCUCCACCAUCGGCAUCGUCAUCUUCGGCGAGAUCGUGCCGCAGGCCCUCUGCUCCCGGCACGGCCUGGCCGUGGGCGCCAACACCAUCGGCAUCACCAAGCUCUUCAUGCUGGUGACGUUCCCCCUCUCCUUCCCCAUCAGCAAGCUCCUGGACUGCGUCUUGGGCCAGGAGAUCGGCACCGUCUAUAACCGUGAGAAGCUGGUCGAGAUGCUGAAGGUGACGGAGCCCUACAACGAUCUGGUCAAGGAGGAGCUCAACAUGAUCCAGGGAGCGCUGGAGCUCCGGACUAAGACAGUGGAGGAUGUCAUGACUCCGCUCCACGAUUGCUUCAUGAUCAACAGCGACGCCAUCCUGGACUUCAACACAAUGUCGGAGAUCAUGGAGAGCGGCUACACCCGCAUCCCGGUCUAUGAGGAGGAGCGCUCCAACAUCGUGGACAUCCUCUACGUCAAGGACCUGGCCUUUGUGGACCCUGACGAUUGCACCCCCCUCAAGACCAUCACCAAGUUCUACAACCACCCCGUCCAUUUCGUCUUCCACGACACCAAGCUGGAUGCUAUGCUGGAGGAGUUCAAACCAGGCAAAUCACACCUGGCCAUCGUGCAGAAGGUGAACAGCGAGGGCGAGGGCGACCCCUUCUACGAGGUGCUGGGGCUGGUGACGCUGGAGGACGUCAUCGAGGAGAUCAUCAAGUCGGAGAUCCUGGACGAGUCGGACAUGUACACUGACAACCGCACGCGCAAGCGUGUCACCAACCAGAAGAACAAGAGGGAUUUCUCCGCCUUCAAGGACUCCGACAGUGAGCUCAAGGUGAAGGUCUCGCCCCAGCUGCUCCUGGCCGCACACCGCUUCCUCGCCACAGAGGUGACGCUCUUCAUGCCGACCCUCAUCUCAGAGAAGAUCCUUCUGCGGCUUCUCAGACACCCCGAUGUCAUCCAUGAGCUCAAGUUCGAUGAGGAGAACAAGAAAUCGCCCCGGCAUUUCCUGUACCACAGGAACAAGCCGGCCGACUACUUCAUCCUCAUCCUGCAGGGGAAGGUGGAGGUGGAAGCCGGCAAGGAGAACAUGAAGUUUGAGACGGGAGCCUUCUCCUAUUACGGUGUGAUGGCGCUGAGCUUGCCCCCGCAGCUGGAGCUGCGCUCCCUGUCCCACAUGAGCAGCCUGAACCGCUCGGCGUCGCUCAGCUACCAUGAGCGCUCAGACUCCAUCGCCUCCCCCAUCAGUGGCAGCAGCAACCAGCUCAACGUGGGCACCAGCCCCCAGUACAUCUCCGACUUCAGCGUCCGCGCCCUCAUGGACCUGCAGUUUGUCAAGAUUACGCGCCAGCAGUACCAGAACGGCCUGAUGGCCUCCCUGGACAGCUGCCCUCAGUCUCCGGACUGCAGUGCCCUCAAAAUGGACAUCAACUUGACAGACAAGGCGGAGCCCUUGGGGGCCGACGAGACCACCAGCCUGCUGAACGAGAGGAACUGCCUGGACCGCAGGAGCAGCCACAGUCCCCAGGAGAACUCCAUCUGAGCCUGGCACAGGGCCCCGCCGGCGCCCCCGCCAGGACACUUCACACCCUUCGGGGUGGGGAGCCUUUCCCCGCGUCCAAAUAGCUCUGUCUAGAGAUCCCUCCCUCUAUGAGACACUUUGAUCUCCUGGGGCAGCCCCCCUGCCAGCGUUGGUGAGGAUGUGGGUUCGUGGCACCGUGACCACGCUGGGAUGCAAAAGGGAAUUCUCCACCCCUUUCCCCAAAAUGGGCCCUGGAGCUGUUGGAUCCCAGGGACCGACUUUAUCUCGGCCUGGGCCAAGCGUGGACUGGGGCAGGGAGGGUCACUCCGCAGAGAAUUUAUAAAGGGAGCCCAUGGGCUGCUGUUUCUAAACUGGCUUUUAUUUAAUGAAUAAAGAUGGAAACAAAGGGACGAGCUCUCAAACCCCAGGCCGUGCCUGGAGUGCCCCCGCCGAGAGCAGCUACGCUCACCCGCUUGGCACCUCAGCAUGGCCCCUUGCACUCCCCCCGCAGCAUGGCCCUGGUUCAUGUCACACCCUCCCCACCCUCGGUCCAGCAGCAGAUCAGUCCUUGGCCAUCCCGCCUGGGGAGGGGACAGCGAUGGGCCCGGGCAGCAGCUGCCAGAGGUGAGAGUCGCUGGCCCAGCUCAGGGAGCCUUGGUGUCUCAUAGGUUUCUUUUUGUUGUUGUUGUUGCCGGGCGGUUGGGAGUGCGAAGCAGCCAGCACUGGAGUUGGCCACAAUCAGGGUGGUUGGAACCCGUCCUGGCCGGGCACUGGCCUUGCAGAGCGCUUCGUGCAUCCGGCUCAUUUGGCGCGUCUCAGAGAUGGAGCCCAGCACGUGUCCAGGAUUCAGCUGGGGUUGUGGGGCCAGGCUCAAGGGGUACUUCUCACCCCAAGCGCUGGCCACGGAGCGGGGUGGCGCUGGCCGGGUUUCUGCAUCGCUUCAACGGACAUGGUGCGGGUAGUGUUGUGAGCGCGGGUGUGAAUGGGCUGGGUGGGAGUGGAGGGACCAGGCCUUGGGGGGGGUGGUCAGUGAACUGCCCCCUCCGGCCGACAUGGCUUGUGAGGGGACCGUUGGUUUUGUCCCUGCUUGGCCGGAUUCUGCUCUCGCCUUCGUGGGGUUUGCUGCGUCAGUGGGGUACUUUAUGCGCACCCACCUGAGGUCUGGCUCGGUUGGGACAGACACCUGGGCUUCUCCACCCACCCACCUCAUUCAGCUCUCCUUUGCGCCUGUGUCAGUCCAGAUUUACCCUGUUGACUCACUAGCUGAGCCCGAUUGACACCGGAGUAACUGAGAGCAGUGGGUCAGCCUGUGUCCUCGUGAGGCAGCAGAGACCAAACCAGUGUAGCUUGUCCCCUCCCACAGGCUCAGGGACCUAUGGUGCCCCCACCUGUCUGUGUCCCCGUGGCUGCUGUUUGAGCUAGCUGGGAGCCCUGGCCUGGGGCAGCGCCGGGAGAGAGGGCUGGGCAGAGAAUGCUGCCCUAGAGAGUCAGCUUUUCCUCCAAACCAACCUGGCUUCUGAGCAAUAAUCACUCGGGGGAUGCUCCUUGGCAGGGCAGGGCAGGGCAGGCUCCCCUGGGUGCCCCGACUCCCCAGGCAGGUGGAUGGGUGUAAUGGGGCUGUAGCAUGACACUGGAGGGACUGGAAGGGGCAGGGCCUUGGCAGGGCAGCCCCCAUGCUCAGAAGCUCCUCUGGACAGCCAGGGAUGCCCAUUUGUCCUGCACCCCAGCUGUCCCUUGGAGGUGCAGAGACCUCAGUGCAUCAGGGCUCCUUGGCCCCCCAGCCGUGCUGCAGCAUUGGGGCGGGUCGGGUUCGCUCUGCCGGGGGCUCCUGGACCCUCUGGCUGGGGAUGCUGCUCAGGCAGGUUCGUCGGCUCACCAGCCAAGGAGCCCUUUGUAGCAGGCUCUCAGGAAGCUUGUGAGGGGGUGUAGCUGGCACCCGCCUGGGCGUGUCCUGCAGGUUGGCUGAGGGGGCUGUGGCGUGGGGGGGAGGAGGGCAGAGCCCUGCCUGGGGCUGGGGGGCUGACCUAGCCCUUGCUGGCCUCUGGCCUCUCUAGGGUGCGGGGGUUGCAUGGGAGCUGCUGUAGCUGGCUGGUUCACACUCCCCAUUGACAGACCAAGGGGCAGGGUGUCUGUGGGCACAAGCUGGCCCAGGGGCACAGCCUCUCCUCAGUGGAUCCGGGUCUUCCCAGCAGGGCAUAACUGCUCCGCUGGGGGGACGGGACCUUCAGGGAGGGUCAACAAUGCCAGAGCCCUGGGAUCCCUCUGUCCCUGCCCGGUGCCAGGGCGGCCUUUCUGGCUAGGGCCUCCUGUUUGAACUCCAGCCCGCUCUCCAUUUUCAACCAAAUCCGGGCACUCCACCCCAGAGACUAGGUCAGUUCAGGCGGCCCCCUUGGGAGACUGCAGAGCGCUCAGCUCCUCACGCCCCGCUCUUGGCUCUGGCUGAAAGGGGAAGAGCAAGGUGCUCUGGCGGGGCCAAUCACUACAUCUGGGCGUCAGCAGAAAUUAAAUGUAAUUGUUCAUUUGUAAUGCUUCUCGGCAGCCCCAUGUAGCUGGGGGGCGGGGGAGGACGUUGGACAGAUCUGGGUGGUUUUAAGGCAAAUUUUAAAGAAAUGGUUGGGUUCGUGUGUUUCCAGUUGCUUAAAUUAACCCGAAAUAUAUGGAUAUGCAAUGAGUUCUAGGAUGUAACUAAAUCUGCUAUUCCACUCCUCAGAGUGACUUUGUCUGAGCGGUAUUCGGUGAUUCCUGCUUUGGCUCAGUCUCCAGGUCAGAUCUGCGUUUAGGCCACUCUAGGGUGGACAGCAGAAUUAACCCAUGGUACACGAGAGCUGGUGCCCUGGUCGUCAUGCUGUGGUAUUUGAUCAAAUAAGCGCCCCAGCUGUUGAUGUGUUUAUGGAAUUGUUCACCUCGCAGGGGGACCUCACCUGACCCGUCUUUGUCUUUCCCGCACCGAGGCUUUAAACGGACUCUAGACGUUAGCGCCAACAAGGACUGCUGCUUAUAGGCCCCAGAGAACUUUCCUACUGGUGUCCUUGAUUACCUGGGUGAGUCGAAACCUUGUAAAAUUGAUGUGGAUGUUCUGACACCACGUGCUCAGGGUUAGAAGAAUCGGGUCGGUUGCCUCUGCCACCAGUGAUACAGUACUCCUGCUUCUGAGCUCUUCAUAGGGCAAUUGUACCUUACCCCAAAACAUACUGGAGGGACCUUAGCAGUCUCCUCAGACCAUGACGUUGCGAUAGGGAAGCAACUCUUCAUACUGUUGGAUUUAUUCUCUUGGGAGUUAACGGUGCACAUAGAACAAAUAUUGCACACUGAUGUCUUGCAUGCUGAUGUUUUUAAAUGGGUACUGCACAGCAUAUGCUGGCUGGCUUCCACAGUCGAGUUCGGAUCUGGAGCCCUUGUUUGGGAUCUGGGAACAGUGCUGGGUAUGUUUUGUUGGUGAGGGAAGCUCCUCGGGGUCUAAGCAGAACUAGAGAGUCUGUUCCACAGUCCUCCUUGGCAAGAUGGAGGGAUGUCAGAAAAGCCCCCUUUGCAGAUCCUCAGAGACGUCUCUACAGAGACAGUUGAAUUUUCUGUGAAGUUUCUGAAGUUUGUUUUCUUGGGGGAAAAAUGGCUCUCCUGCUCCUAACCUUUAAAGUUGGAGUCAUCCUGACCUGGAAAAAAUUCCCCCUUCAUCCCCACCAGAGCCGAGCGCUCCUGGGAAGUGUCUAGUCACCGUUUUGUUGGUGUAGAAUCUUCUAGCUGGGGGACAGAUGAACUCCAGUUUGACUCUCCAAUUCCAGGCAGUGUUCAGCUCUGGCAGGCGGAAAAAUCUUCCUUUGAAUUGUAAACUGAGCCAGCUCAGCUUCCUGGUCCACCUCUUCCAGUUUCCUGGGCUAAUUACAGAGAGACCUUUGGUCCCCCAAAAGUCUCUCAUCCCCUUUCAUGAUAACCACCAUCAAAAUGUGAAGGAAAGCCAUUCAGUACAUAGACACAGCUCCAGAGUUCCCCCAAACUCCCCCCCCUUAGGGUGCCCCAGGGUGAAGGGUGUUUGGGACAAUAAGAUGAGCGCUCUGGUAAUGGAUUGGCACAGGGAGCUGGUCUUUUGAGGGAAAACAAGCCAUUUUUACAUAGUCACUCUUCCGUGUAGAAGCACCCUGUAAAACAGCGGUUCAAUUGGUCUCGGUUUCCAUUGGUUUCCAAGGCAGCCUGAAUUUUCUUAUUCUUGAUCUGCCUCUUGGUGCUCUGCCUGCAGCUGGGAUCACCUCCUGUGUCAUUACGACGACAGCCCCAAAAGAGACAUUCUCGUUGGUGUCAUCUAGGCUGCUAUUAAAACCAGGUUUGCUGCAGUAAAGUUAGACAGGGAGAGUCUGGCCUUCCCUUUCUUUGCUCCUUGUGUGACCGCGUAUGUCUGGGAAUGAGGGGUGCGGGAAGUCACCUACAGCAUGGGUGGAGAAUUCAGGGUUGGUCGUUUUCCGCCCUCUCGACAGGUGACACCAGGUGGUGCAGAGAGGCGAAGGAUCAGGCCCGGGCCCUGUGCUGUGUAUGGAUUUGGAGCAGAUGGGUUUACUGCACUCUGGCUCUGCUCAGUCACUGGCUCUCCAGGGGAAUUUGCCAUCACUCUAGCCCAGGCUUUUGGCAACAGCUGUUGGAACAUGCCUCUCACGUGGGCCCAUGGGCUGGGGAGAUCCGUAGGCAGUAGACCAUGGCUCCAUUUAUGUACUGUACCGUCUUGAUGAAGUUUUCGUUUGACUCCCUGCAGCCAAGGUGCCAAGCAGCAGUGAGAAGCUGUGUCCUUCCCGAGCAUGCUCCAUGGAUUGACUCGCUGAAUUCUGCCGCUGACAGAUUUGCUGCAUCUCUUCUCAGCGCUGUAUUCUGGGGGUGGGACCCCUUGUGUAGGAAAAGGUCCUGCAGCUGUCAGAGUGGCUGCAUGUCUGGGGCACAGGACUGGGGCUCUGUAGACGUAGGUGUUAAUUCCAGCUCUGCCACUGACCAGCUGUGUGACCGUGGGCAAAUCCCUUCCCCUUCCUGUGCCUCAGUUUCCCCAUCUUUGGAACUGAUGAAACUCUCCUAAGUUAUAUGGGGCUAUAUAGUAAAGCAGCAUCAGAACAUGUAGUAUUUCUUCUCACUCCAGCACUACACAGCACUGCAGGAUCUGUUGGGUUUAAUACAGGGCUUUCUCAAACCCUGUCCGAUACAUACCAUUUCUCAGCUGGUUUGGACACUGGUGCCAGUAUUUUGAUUGCACCCUCCCAAAUGGGAGGGGGCCCUUUGGUGCGUGAACGUGCUCAGUCUGUGAGCAGAGCUAGUGACCAAAGCUCCCAGGCGGCUCCUCAGAUUUCACUGAGAGGCUGGUCCCAUUGACACAUACAGAGCCGCAGGCCUUUAUUGCAGACAAAUGGGAUGGGGGUGCGGAGGGGGGAUCCGAGGGGAAAUGAAUCUGGCCAGGUUAGAGAAGACGCUGGGAAGGGAAAGGAUGUUAAGAAAUCCUUAUGCAAUUGGAUCCAGAGCAGACCCUUGUAAAGUAACAGAGGUACCAUAUAUGAGCCACCUACCUGGACUGGGUUGCAGGAUUGGGGCCGACCUAGCUCGCUGCUCAGCAAUCUGAAAGGAAAACUCCAGUGAUGGGACUUUUUGCCAGGAUUUCCCAAUUCUCCCAUCUGCAGAAUGGGCUUUUUAAUUUCCUUAUAUUGCAUUUAAUUCUAACAGUAUGUUUCCCAUUGAAGUUCAGUAGCAGAUAGACUCUAUGCCUCUCCAGUCACCCUUCCUGAGAAGUACGGCUCCCUCCUUGUCAGAGUCUGAGCCAUCCAUUGCCAUAGACGUGCCACAGCUUGCACAGGGGUUUUCUGAGUGCAUCGUUGUCCCUUGGAAUUUCUUCCUUUUCUCUGUACAAGUCUUUCGCUUGCCGUCGCUUUUGUCUGAUUUUUAAUGUUCUGAUUGUGUGUGAAGUUUUUUUUUAUUCCAGACAAAAGCACCGUGGUUUCCAAAUGCUGCCCACUGGGGGUGACUUUAUGUAAUUUAUUGUGUGGAGGUUAUUUUUUAAAUUAAGUUUUUAAAAUCCGUUCUUAUCAGGAGAGAUUCUAGAGAUUUAAAAAAAAAACAGUUCGUUUUUUUUUAAAGAAGAAAUAUUUCUCUACAACGUUUGAUUGGAAAAAAGCUGGUGUUUUCUUCUGAAGCCUCUUUCUCCGAUCACUCGUGAGUUUGUGCAUGGAAACACCUAUGUUAAUGUCACCUGUCUUGUCUGAGGUCUAUUGGCAGCAGCUCUUUGAGCAGGCAGUUAGUUAUGUGCCGAUUUAAAUUAAAAAACACAGACAGCUCCUUUUUCGGUACGUGUUAUUUCCUGUUCUGUUGGAGACCAGGAAGUGACCUCAGAAGGGAUGAUGCUUCACCCAUGGUCAUGUUUCUCAUCACUCUGGCUCCAGUCCAGGAAAGCAUCUCCUACAUUCAGGACAGCACCUAAGCAUGUGCUUAAACCCCUUUGGAGUCCCUGGGAGUAAAGCACAUGGUUAACGUUAAGCACAUAUGUCCAUGUUUUCCUGAAUCGGAGCUGCAUGCACAUCUGUAACUCCAUUGACUUCAGUGGGUUGAUUCGCUUGGUAACUGUUCUCUCCAGUGACUUCAGAGGACUGACUCCUAAUCUGUGCUGUUGUGAGAGUAGAAUCGAGUCACUCGGGCCCUUGGUUAUCAGAGACUCGACCUGUUAGGAGGAGCAAAUCGAUUCUGUUUAAAAGCCCAAUUGAUGUUCUCUCAGUAGCUUUCAGAGUCGUGUUCAGCUUUUAUCCAGGAUACUACAGUCUCCAUGAAACAACGCCUCCACCAAGCACAGGGGACUGGGUUUGCACACAGCGCUGCUGGCACCAAAGUGCAGAACAGAGCGAGGGCAUGGUCGAUCCAGAUCAGACCUUGUCCCCACUGAGAUCUCUGGGUGGAACCCAAUGCUUGGCUCCAAAUGCCCUCGAAUGUUGUGGCCGUUCCAUAGUCUGUGGGCUUGAUUCUGCCCUGCCCUGCAUACAGGCAGUUACACCACUGCAGAGUAGGUAUAAAGAAUUGCAUUCAGAUUUGGCGGCAUUUUAUACUCUCUCGUGCACAGUGUGAGUGACUGCACAAGGGGCAGGGCAGGAGAGAAUCACACACACAUCCUGUGCAGGGAAUUUUAGUUCCUCCGUGCCAGUUGUCUCCUCUCUCCUGAGCAAUCCCGAUUCCGCUGGCUUUCCUCCUCCCUAGUCAAUCAGCAAUAACCCCCACACUGGACUCCCCGGCGUUGCUGGCUUUGAAUCACUGAUGGGGCCAAGGCGGGGAGAUCCAAAUACUGUAGACGGCCAUGCCAGGUAGCAAAUGACUAAUAUUUAUUUUGCACCAGAUUUAAUUUGUAUAUGUUUGUGAUUAUUUGGGGGAUCUUUGUUUCUUGUAUAUUUUUUUUCAUUGUUCUGAGUUGUGCCCUUUUGGGAGGGGAUUUGGUUGUGUUUCAUUUUUGAGUCUGCGUCUCUUGUCACUAAGAAAUUAUGAUAUUUGCUAAAUGAAAUAUGGAAUUUAUUUUUUUGAUUGGGUAAUAAAUAUCUCUCUAUA